UUGAGGGUCCCCCUCCACCGAACCUUCGGGCGACUCAGCUCCCAGGAGGCCCCCGCUGCGUGAGCCCCACACCGGGCCCAGGCUUCGAGAGAAGGACCCCCUGCGCUGCCCUGGCCGUCGGAGAGGGAGAGGGGUCCGUGGGGCCACUGGACCGGAGGACUGCGCCCCCGCCCCCGGGCGACCCUCCUCCUCCUCCUCCUCCCCGCAAAGAUCCGGGAGAGGGAGGGGCGGGCCAAGCGAGAGACCACCCCCGUCCUCCUCCUUGGGCCGAACUCCUGGAGCUCUUCGCUGGGACAAAGGCAGCCUCUCUCUGGCCAUGAAGGACGAGGAGCCGAGGAAGGCGUCGUCCUGGGGGCCUCCAUCCCAGACCCAGACCCCCGAGGAGGAGGAGGGGGAUCCCGGAGGGGCGCCGGAGGAGGAGCAGCGGCGCCUUCACCGGAGGCUUUGCCAGGAGGCGGAGGGCCUGCUCCGGCGGCGGGCGGCGCUCGGGGCCCAGCGGGACUUCCUGGAGCGGGAGGCGGAGGAGCUGCGCGCCCAGAGCCGGGCCUUCGUGGCCAAGACGCGACGAGGAGGCCGAGGCGGCCCGGUGGCCGGAGGAUGGCGGCCGGUCCCUGCGGCGGGAGAACCGGGAGCUGCGGCGGGAGCUGGAGCGCCUGGUCCGGAGGGCGCGGGAGCUGGAGGCGCGGAAGGCCCUCCUGGAGGAAAGGGUCGGGCGGCUGCGGAGGGAGGAGGGCUUCCUCCGGGAUUUGGCCCGGCGGCGGCGGAGGAUAUUCGGGACACAGUGAAGUACAAAGAAGUCAUGAAGCAAUAUGGGCUGGGCCCAAAUGGAGGCAUUGUGACUUCCCUCAACCUCUUUGCUACAAGGUUUGAUCAGGUGAUGAAGUUUAUUGAAAAACGACAGACUGCGUCCCAAUACGUCCUGAUUGACACACCUGGACAAAUUGAGGUGUUCACCUGGUCUGCCUCAGGUACCAUCAUUACAGAAGCCUUGGCCUCCUCCUUCCCCUCCGUGGUGGUUUACGUGAUGGACACAUCUCGCAGCACUAGCCCAGUCACCUUCAUGUCCAACAUGCUGUAUGCCUGCAGUAUCCUCUACAAAACGAAGCUCCCAUUCAUUGUGGCCAUGAACAAGACGGACAUCAUUGAGCACCGCUUUGCCGUGGAGUGGAUGCAGGACUUUGAGGCCUUCCAAGAGGCCCUCAGCCAGGAGUCCACCUACGCCAGCAACCUGACGCGCUCCAUGAGUCUCGUUCUGGAUGAGUUCUAUGGGUCGCUCAAGGUGGUGGGGGUCUCUGCUGUCCAGGGAACUGGCCUGGACGAAUUCUUUGAGCUCGUGUCCCAAGCAGUUGAUGAAUAUGAAAGAGAGUAUCGCCCAGAGUAUGAACGGCUGCGGAAGAAACUGGAACAGGCCCAGAGCCAGCAGCAGCGGGAGCAACUCGGGCGCCUGCGGAGAGAUAUGGCCGCCCCCCCUGUGGAUGUGGAGAGCGGUUCGGCGGCAGAAUUGCCCCUCGGCCCUUCAGGCCUCAUCCUGACGCGGGGCAUGUUGGAGGAAGGAGAUGAGCAGGAGGAAGGCCAAGACAGUGACACGGAUGACAUUGACCAUGAAGUAACUGAGGGGAGCCGUGAGGAGCCAGCCUUCAAGAACUUCCUGCAGGAAGCCAAGCUGCGCUACCCGGCGGCCAGAAGCGGCCACUAGCAGGCAAAGGGUGGGAGCAGACCCCGGGUCCAAAGGGAGCUCUGCUGGGCCACAACCCCUCUCCUCUCCUCCAUCCACACACAGUGGGCCCUUGGGGGCCUCCCCCAAAGAGGGAGGGCUGAUGAAGCAGUACCACCCCCCACCCAGAGCUCUCUCUGGCGGCCGGCAAGGCCACAAUUGGAGCUCCCCAGGAGAGGAGAGGAGGACGCAAUGGCGGUGGAGGAGGAAACCUGCCUGCAGUAUUUGCAACACUUGCUGUGUAUUUUUGUAACUUAUUAGUAAAUGUCUAUUUUGUUACCA